AUGUUUUCGUUUGUGGGUUUCGUCUUCAUAUCUGGAUUUCUCCUGGGAAUUUUCGCCAUCUUGGCUGCUGAAGCAGCGGGAUUGAUGUAUCUUGUGAAGCGAUUGAAUCGGAAGAGAGAUCAGAUGGAGUCAAAACUCGGUUCUGAUUUAUCUACCAAGGAAUUUAAUCCUCGUGAAUCCAUCGAUUUCUGUCUCUUCAAACAGGGAGUGGUCUGGAUUUUGGAGUUGGAUGAAGGAUUAAAGAAUUGGAUGAAGGAAAAGUUACCAAAAGAGCACAAGAGGAAGAGAGACGUCUUGGAGAUUCACCCACUUCGGAAAUUCGCUCGGAUUAAAGAUCAUAACCUGGUCUUGUCAGAGGCUGAUGGCACUCAGACUACGGUUUCUUUAAAAGGUUGUUCUAUUGAGGCUGUUUCAGGGUCUGAUCUUCCUACAAGAAAAUGGGCCAAAAGAUUUCCUAUAAAGGUUGAAAGCAACAAUUCUUCGGCCUUAUACAAGGGAAACCAGGUUUUUUACAUCUAUCUCGAGACUUCUUGGGAAAAGGAAUCAUGGUGUAAAGCCCUCCGUCUUGCUGCUUGCGAAAAUCAGGAAAGGUUUAUUUGGUACUCCACCAAAUUGAAAGAAGAUUUCCGUAGUUAUGUGACGUCUCUUAAUGGUGCAUACCCUUCAUUUAUGAAGCCAUCGCCUGUUUUUAGUUUUGAGACACUUGACAAAGGGAACAGAACGGACGGUUCUUCAUCAAAGGUUCGCUUGUUCUUGAGGAAAUUCUCAAGAAAACGAUCACAUCGUGAAGACAGGAAAACCGCUGUCCGUUCUUACCAAGAUUCACAACAUGGAAGUAGCUCAGGGAAGAGCAUUCCAGGAAAAAAGAUGGGAGAUAAUAUCACAGAUGAAACUGAUGUGCCUACUUUUUCACGUUCUGCGAGCCAUAGCAGUCAUUUUUCUGGGGUUUCAGAUGGAGACUCUGAAGAAAAGUUUGACAUGGACGAAGGAACAUUGGCGUGGAACUUGCUGAUUUCUAGGCUAUUUUUCGAUCUCAUACGGAAAACAGGAGUGAAGAAUUCAGUUCAGGCACGAAUCCAGCGGUUGUUAUCCAACAUGAGGACUCCGAGCUACAUAGGCGAACUAAUCUGCUCCAAUGUUGACAUUGGAAACCUCCCACCUCAUAUACAUGGUACACGGGUUCUUCCAAUGGAGAUGAGUGGUGUAUGGGCAUUCGAACUAGAUAUUGAAUACUCUGGUGAAGCGGUGAUUGACGUUGAAACACGGGUUGACAUCCGUGAGGUGGAUUUGCAAAAAGGCAUAACCGAAACAACGUUGCAGCCAAGUUCUGCAGGGGAAGUCCCGUCAAACCUCGUGGAAGGUGUUAAAGAUUUUGAAAAACAAUUAGUCAUCCCUGUGGAAACUGUUGAUGCAGGAGAGGGGAAAAAUGGUGCAGCCAAUAAAGCAGAUGAAUCCAAGGGCACAAAAGGAAUGAAGGCAGCUCCGAAUGGUAUAUCCAGGUGGAAGUCUAUUCUUAAAACCAUUGCUGAACAAGUCUCCCAGGUGCCUAUCUCUUUGUCAAUACGAGUGUCUUCUCUUCGAGGGACACUGCGGGUACACAUGAAGCCACCUCCGUCGGAUCAAUUAUGGUUUGGAUUCACUAGCAUGCCCGAUAUAGAAUUCGAUCUCGCAUCUUCUGUUGGAGAACACAAAAUCACCAGCAGCCAUGUUGCAAUGUUUUUGAUCAACCGGUUUAAGAUUGCGAUACGAGAAGCGGUGGUUCUUCCCAACUGUGAAAGCCUAACGAUUCCUUGGAUGAUUGCUGAAAAAGAUGAUUGGGUUCAACGCAAAGCAGCUCCAUUCAUGUGGCUGAAUCAGGAAAGUGAUCACAAUAGCUACCAGGCAACAGAGGGGAGAUCUAAAUCUGACAAGCCACCUACUUCUUCCUCCUGUAUUCAGUCUGAGCAAAUGCAUAAAACUGCAAACGCCACCCAGAGGCUGGUUAUUUCUGAAGGAGGGACUAUGUCCUCUUCCUCCUGUGCUCAGUCUGAGCAAGUGCUGAAAGCUGCCAAUGUCGUCCAGACACUGAAUACUGAAGAAGAAGCUAUGUCUACGCCAUUGUCAAAUUCAACAACCGUAAGAGUAGAGAGUGACAACUCCUUGGAAGAACUGAAAACUCCAUUACUGCUACCCAGCAGCAGUGAAAAGCAGGAGACGAACGCAAGAGGCAGUACCAGAGACGUUACAGUUGUUCAAUCACCAUCUCGGUCGAUAGUUUCAAGCGAAGAAGAUGAUUCAAGGGGAAAGAAACUGGGAAGAAGAGCAAGAAUGUUGGAUCUUGGGAAGAAAAUGGGGGAGAAGUUGGAAGAGAAGAAGCGUCACAUGGAGGAAAAGAGUAGACAGAUUGUUGAAAAGAUGAGAGGAUCUUCUUAA